AUGCUUCCUAUUGACCCUGAUAAUAUAUUUUCACACAAUAUUCUAGAAAAUGGUCAUUCAAUAAUAAGUCAAAAUGACAAAAAUCAAAAUUGUAAUCAUCAAUUUGACAAAACAUCAUCACAAGAUUCUUCUGAUACAGAUAGUGAUAAUUCAAUUAUUACAACAUUUACUCCAACAACUAUUAAAGACCAUGAUCAAAAGAUAAUAAUUGAAGAAAUUGGGAAGAAAAAGAAAUUUCCUAGAUUUGCUGAAAUAGUUAAAACUGGCGAGUUUGAACCUGAACGUCAUUUUUAUCCCCGUGUUUUAAAUGCUACAAUUCAUCCUUUGGUUGCAAGCUUCUUUCAAUUGG